CGUAAACAUCCGACCGCUCACGGCAGGACAGCGGCUAUUUAUCCGUCACGAUGGUGAUACUACGCAGCAGCAGCGGCGGCGGCGGCGGGGCUGAGCCGGUGGCAACAACUCCGAAGAGGAGGUCGAUGGAGUUGGAAACAAGCUCCGAGUUUCUGUCGCUGCUUCCCGCGUCGCAGAGAAAGUCCGCCCGGCUGACCCGGUCCUCCCAGGCCCUGGAUGACAGCCUCAGCAGUCUGGACAACGACGCGGUGAAUGGUCAUGCUGAUAUGAAGCAGGAUGAGGGAAGUGGGCUCCAUCACUCUCUGAGGACCCGAGGGCAGAGAGUUAAACUAGAGGUCUCCUUUUCUGAAAUGGAGCCAAAGACCAGCUCCCCUGUAAAUGAAGCCAACUCCGUAGAAGGAUGCCUCAGGAAAUCUUCCAGGCUGCAGAGAGAGGGAAAAACAUCCAGUGGCAAGCCACAAGCAGAUGUUCCAGAUAAGGUGGAGGGGUCAUCCACUCCCAAGAGGAGUCGCUUUGAUCUACGGAGCCGAGGAGGGGGGGAAGAAGAAGAAGAAGAGGAGGAAGAGGAUCGCUCAGUGCGACGUAGUUCCCGAAUCACCAGAUACAAACUGGAUUCCCGUAACCAGUCAGUGCUCUACGACCGACUCAUCACCAACACUGCUGAAGCUGUUCUCCAGAAGAUGGACGAUAUGCAGAAGCUGAGACGCAGACAGAGGAGCAGAGAUAGAGACAAUGAAGAAGAGCAGCUCGGUGUCUACACGAGGAGCAGAAUGACCAGGUCUCUGAGGACCGAUGUGGAGAGUAAAGACACAGAGGAAGAGAACCCAGGAGGGGAUGAGGGUGAUCACAACGAAGGGGAUGCGGAAGAUGUAGACGAUGAAGAUGAUGAGGAGGAGGAGGAGGAAGAAGAAGAACAUGAUGAUGAGGAUGGCGAGGACGAGGAAGAAGAUAAUCAGAGGCGUUAUGACUUCAGACAGCGAAAGACUGUGGUUCGCUACCAGGCCCCACAGGAUGAACCCAGAGAGCCCAGGAAGCGCAGCAUAUACUUCAAGGACCACUCGUCUCCCACCAGACGAAGGUUUAGAUUCAGCUCCACGGCCCCCAGGAGCCCCUACAACAGGAGAAGAACGAGCAGGAGUAGUUCUGAGAGCAGAAGGAGACACGCCAUCCACAGUAGUGACUCUACUUCUUCAUCUUCAGACGAUGAGAAAUUCCAGAGAAGGAGAAGUAAGAACAGGAGCCUGUCAGUCAACAGAUGUCUGCCUAUGAACCUUGUAAAAGACGAUAUUCUGGGUAUCCACAAGGACAGGAUGAAGAUUGGAGCCAGCCUCGCUGAUGUAGACCCCAUGCAGAUUGACAAGACGGUGCGGUUUGAAAGCAUCGGAGGUUUGAGCAGACACAUCUCAGCGCUGAAGGAGAUGGUGGUGUUCCCUCUCCUCUACCCAGAAGUCUUUGAGAGGUUCAAGAUACAGCCUCCCAGGGGCUGUCUAUUUUACGGUCCUCCAGGCACAGGGAAAACCCUCGUAGCCAGAGCGCUGGCCAAUGAGUGCAGUCAAGGUGAAAGAAAAGUGUCUUUCUUUAUGAGGAAAGGAGCUGACUGCCUCAGUAAGUGGGUGGGAGAGUCUGAGAGACAGCUGCGACUGCUUUUCGACCAGGCGUACCAGAUGCGUCCGUCCAUCAUCUUCUUCGAUGAGAUUGAUGGUUUGGCUCCAGUGAGGUCGAGCCGUCAAGACCAGAUCCACAGUUCCAUUGUGUCAACCCUGUUGGCUCUUAUGGAUGGAUUAGAUGCUAGAGGAGAGGUUGUUGUGAUAGGAGCUACAAACAGACUGGACUCCAUCGACCCAGCACUGAGAAGACCAGGGCGCUUCGACAGAGAGUUCCUCUUUGGCCUGCCAGACAGAGAGGCGAGAAAGGACAUUCUGAAGAUCCACACCAGACAGUGGACUCCACCACCCUGCGACACUUUUCUGGAAGAACUGGCAGAUAAAUGUGUUGGUUACUGCGGAGCAGACAUUAAGGCAGUUUGUUCAGAGGCUGCCCUGUGUGCAUUACGGCGUCGCUACCCACAAAUCUACUUCUCAGCACAGAAACUUGUGCUUGAUGUCAACUCCAUUGCUAUCACAAGCAAAGACUUUAUGUCCGCCAUGUCCAAGAUGGUGCCUGCUGCCCACAGGGCAGUAGUGUCACCAGCCAAGGCCCUGAUACCUGCCAUAUUUCCUCUACUGAGCGCCACCCUACAGAACAUCCUCCACACUGUCAGCAGAUUGUUCCCGCAUGCUGAGCAGGGCUUAAAGAGGAAAAGAGAAAAAGAUGCAGCCUGUGGUGUGUCUGAGGAUGAUCUUAUGUUCAGUGAGGAGGAGGACUCAGAAGUCUGCUCCAAUGGACAGACCUCACACUCCCAACUCAGAACAGCUGCUGUUAAGGGACUCAUCAGCCUCAACAGGAGUGUGCUGAGCCACCCAACCUCCUACCGUCCCAGGCUGCUGUUGGAGGGCAGACCAGGCUCAGGUCAGAGCUCCCACCUGGCUCCUGCUGUCCUCCACGCUCUGGAGAAAUUCACUGUGUACACACUGGACAUGGCCGUGCUGUUUGGAGCAAGCGCAACUGCACCGGAAGAGACUUGUGCUCAGAUCUUUGUUGAAGCAAAGCGGACCUCUCCCAGUAUCCUGUACAUCCCUCACAUUGGACAGUGGUGGGAAACAGUGGGUCCGGCCUUAAGAGCCACCUUCCUCAGCCUGCUCAGCUCCAUCCCUCCAUUCGCUCCUAUACUGCUUCUGGCUACUUGCAACCUGCAGUACGACCAACUCAGUAUGGAGGUGCAGGAGUUGUUUCGGAUGGAGUAUGGAGAGGUUUACCAUGUCCAGGUCCCCACCAGCAGAGAAAGAAGAAACUUCUUUGAGGAUCUAAUCCUCAAUCAGGCUACCAAGCCCCCUGCCUCAAAAAAGAAAGCUGUACUCCAUGCAUUGGAGGUGCUUCCUGUCGCCGAUCCACUUCCCCCACGUCAGCUGACAGAAGAGGAGACCCGGAGACUGGAGGAGCAGGAAGAAGACACCCUCAGGGAGCUCCGCCUCUUCCUGCGUGAUGUCACCAAUCGCCUAUCCAAUGACAAACGUUUCAAGGCUUUUACAAAGCCUGUGGAUUUAGAGGAGGUGCCGGAUUACACUGAGGUGAUCAAGAAGCCUAUGGACCUGUCAACAGUUCUCUCUAAGAUCGACCUCCAUCAGUAUGGGACGGUUAAAGAGUUCCUCCAAGACGUGGAUCUCAUCUGGCAGAAUGCCCUUGAAUACAACCCAGACAGGGACCCCUCAGACCGUCAGAUCCGACACAGAGCAUGUGCAUUGAAGGACACCGUCCAUGCCAUCAUCAGAGAUGAACUGGAUGAAGAUUUUGAGAAGAUUUGUGUGGAGACCAAAGCGUCACGAAGCACAAGAGAUUGCACCACUGCCCGGUUCGCCCCCUCCUACUACCACGUCCUUCCCAAACAGUCCAAAUCUCCUGGUGAGGCCAAUAUCACUGACAUACCCUCACAAAGAGAGCCGGCUAGACCCACAGCUGCAGUCACUCCCAACACAAGUGCCUCGACUGUUACGCCUAGAAACACAGCCCAAAAGAAGAAAAGGCGAAAGAGUCGCUGGUCCGCUGGCUUAUAUUCAAAGAAGAAGUCUUCCUGCUCUCCUCACUUGUCCAGAGAUGAAGCAAACUUGGGGUCUGAUGAGGAAUAUGGGGACGACGAAGAGGAGGAGGUUGAGAAGGGAGGAGGAGCAGAGUGUGAUGAGGGGACUGGAGGAGAGGAGGAUCAGAUGAUGGUUGAUGUAGAGUCAGGGCCUGCGCCGGCCCAGGAAGGUAGCUUUGGGCCCACUGUGAAGAAACAGAACAGUCAGGAGGGACGAGAGGAGAGGAGUCAAGCUGCUGAAGAUACACUUAUCCAGUGUGAAACAGGGGGAGCAGAAAAUGAUGACCAGACACAUAAUGAAAAAGAAAGGGUGGAUGAAGUUGUCACAGAUCAACCAGGACAGUCGGAGGAAAACAAAGUGUUUACAAAUGCAGGAAAUAAAAACGGUGAAACCAUUUCAGUUAACACUAAUAAGGACAGCAACACUGAUACAGAACGAUAUACCCGAGGGCAAUCCAACACAGAGAAGAGCGGUGAAACUGAGAAAUGUCAAACCGUAACACAGGCAGACGACGGGAACAACAAAGUAGUUAAUGUAGAGGAGGCAGAGCAGAACAGCCCUGCUGAACCAAUGGAGGUGGAAGCAACAGAUACCUCAACCACAGAAGCCUCUGCAGCUAUCAGACGAGAGGAAGACACAGGCACAGAAAGGAGCGUGAGGCGCAUAACUCGGGCUGUAAAGAACGCUGUGCUGCAGCAGCAGAUGGUCGAUGUGGACAAAGCUCUGCAGAGCCUGCAUCAGGAAACUCCUCCUCUUGUAGUGGACAGAGACAAAUUAAAGGAGCUGCUGGAGAGAGUGGUGAUCAAGACUGAAGCGUACGAGGUCUACAAGCUGGAAAAACUCUACGCUCUGCUCUGUCAGAGCAUCUACAGACACAGACGAGACUACGACAAAACUUCACUAGUACAGGAGUUGAAACAAGAGAUUGAAGACUUCUGUUGACUUUUCUACAGGAAGAUAUUUUUUUUACACACAUGCUCAUCAUCCUCAGCUAUGUAAAUAUACAUUGUUUCUAUUUUCAUAGAAAUCUACAGGCACCUCUAUCUGUGCAUUAGCUACAUUUUUGUAUCACAUCUUUUGUCUAUAUUUAAUUAAAUGGUUUUCCUCUAAA